AUUCUAAAUAGUGCGUUUAAACAGGACAGUGGCAGUGCCUGGUGUCAGUUGCGUUUUUCAGUGGUCGCGAUUUAUUCCAGUUUGUAAAAAAGGCGUGCUUUCUGAGUGUUUUGAAGUUUUUUUGGAUAGAAAAGAAAAGGAAACACAUUUUUCUACGUAUCAUCAUGAAAAAUGGUGAUAUUUUUCGUAAAGGUCCUAGUCAUUUGCUUAUUGAUAGGAAAUGGUACAUCGACACCAGUAGCGGAGUACGAUAAGUCUUCUAGAUACGAGGAAUAUAUCAUAGAGCAUGAAAUAUCUUCAGGUUCAGCCAAAAAUGCCGUUAUCGCCAUGAACCUCAGUUCAAUUGAAAUUCCACCGGGCUGUCAAAAAUGUAACGCCAAAGAAGAGCGAUACUGUCUCGGGGCUGAUCUCAUCAGCGAUCAUUGUUGUUGUGAUAAAAGAUACCAUGAGUUGUUUCCUUAUAUCCCGCACACGUGCUACUUUGGAACCCAACUGUGCCAGACGGUAGCCAGCGACUGUACAGAAUAUCACAGAUUAAGGACCUGUUGCUGUCAAAAAUUAACCUUACAUAAAUUUCUCGAAGAUGAGAUGUCUACGACUGAAAGUUCCGAAAUUGUUUUUCAUAAAGAAGAUUUAAUAACCGUUCCCUUUACGCACGAAAAGAGGCAUGCUAAAAAAUCGGAAUUUGUAUUAAUGCAGAAACGAAACUUUAAACAAAUAGGACUUUAUUCGCAUGUGAUAGGCGCUCCAGUAAACGUCGUCUCAGGAGGCAUAGCCAAUCCAUUUUUCAGUAACGCUUUGGACCUCUUCAGAGGAGCGGAUUUCCGAAGACGAUGCCCUGUUUGCGACCCAUCAGUCUACAGCUAUUGCACGGAUAAAUUGUUUCAUGAUUCAUGUUGUUGCCAUAAUCCCAAUAAUCCGUAUGGAAAGUUAAGGAUCAACUUAGAAAAGUUAAAGUUCAGUUCAGAAAAGUUAAGGAUCAACUUGGAAAAGUUAAAGUUCAAAUUAGAAAAGUCCAAAAUCAACUUGAAAAAGUCCAAAAUCAACUUAGAAAAGUCUAUAACCAAUUUAAAAAGAUUUAAGCUUAGACAAGUAAAGGAUAAUUCCAAAAAGCCCAAGAUCAAUUUUGAAAAGUCAAAGAUAAACUUUUUGGAUAUCAUCCAGCGACCGACUUUAUGUAAAGGAAAUACAAGAUCAACUUAG